UAUAAAACCGUUCCUGUUGACGUAACCCAGUCUCUUCCCUGCCUAUGCCCUCGUGAGGUGGGCAGUGUCAUAUCGUGUGUCUUCGUUUCCAAGCGAAUCCACAACCAUCCGUCAAAAUGGUGAACUUUACCGUAGACCAAAUCCGUGCCAUCAUGGACAAGAAGUCCAACAUCCGUAACAUGUCUGUGAUUGCGCACGUCGACCAUGGUAAGUCCACCCUGACAGACUCGCUGGUGUCGAAGGCUGGUAUCAUCGCAGGUUCCCGCGCCGGAGAGACCCGCUUCACCGACACACGAAAAGACGAGCAGGAGCGCUGCAUUACCAUCAAGUCAACCGCCAUCUCAAUGUACUACGAGCUCUCGGAGAACGACAUGGCCUUCAUCAAGCAGUGCAAAGAUGGUGUUGGGUUUCUCAUCAACCUGAUUGACUCUCCAGGCCACGUUGACUUCUCCUCUGAGGUCACAGCCGCUCUCCGUGUUACUGACGGGGCCCUGGUUGUUGUGGACUGCGUGUCAGGUGUGUGUGUGCAGACCGAGACUGUGCUCAGGCAGGCCAUUGCAGAGCGUAUCAAGCCUGUGCUGAUGAUGAACAAGAUGGACCGAGCCCUGCUGGAGCUGCAGCUGGAGCCAGAGGAUCUGUUCCAGACCUUCCAGCGCAUCGUGGAGAAUGUGAACGUCAUCAUCGCCACCUACGGAGAGGAUGAGGGUGGUCCCAUGGGCUCCAUCAUGAUUGACCCAGUCAUUGGAACUGUUGGCUUUGGGUCCGGACUUCACGGAUGGGCCUUCACCCUGAAGCAGUUUGCUGAGAUGUACGUGAUGAAGUUUGCCAAGGGUGAUGCCCAACUAGGACCAGCAGAGCGCUGCAAGAAGGUGGAGGACAUGAUGAAGAAGCUGUGGGGUGAAAGGUUUUUUGACCCUGCCACUGGCAAGUUCAGCAAGUCGGCCACCGGACCUGAUGGAAAGAAGCUCCCGCGUACCUUUUCUCAGCUCGUGCUGGACCCCAUCUUCAAGGUGUUCGAUGCCGUCAUGAACUUCAAGAAAGAGGAGACGGCCAAGCUGAUUGAGAAGCUGGACAUCAAGCUGGACAAUGAGGACAAGGAGAAGGAGGGCAAGCCCCUGCUGAAGGCUGUGAUGCGUCGCUGGCUGCCCGCCGGAGAGGCCCUGCUCCAGAUGAUCACCAUCCACCUGCCCUCCCCCGUCACGGCCCAGAAGUACCGCUGUGAGCUGCUUUAUGAAGGACCUGGUGACGAUGAAGCUGCCAUGGGUAUCAAGAACUGUGACCCCAAGGCUCCUUUGAUGAUGUACAUCUCCAAGAUGGUGCCCACCACCGACAAGGGUCGCUUCUACGCCUUCGGCCGUGUCUUCUCCGGCUGCGUGUCCUCUGGCCAGAAGGUGCGCAUUAUGGGACCAAACUUCACCCCUGGAAAGAAGGAGGACCUCUACCUCAAACCAAUUCAGAGGACCAUUCUGAUGAUGGGACGUUACAUUGAGCCUAUCGAGGACGUGCCAUGCGGGAACAUUGUUGGUCUGGUUGGAGUGGACCAGUACCUGGUGAAGACCGGGACCAUCACUACCUUCGAGCAGGCCCACAACAUGAGGGUGAUGAAGUUCAGCGUCAGCCCUGUGGUGAGAGUGGCUGUCGAGGCCAAGAACCCUGCUGACCUGCCCAAGCUGGUGGAGGGCCUGAAGCGUCUGGCCAAGUCUGACCCUAUGGUGCAGUGUAUCAUCGAGGAGUCUGGGGAGCACAUCAUCGCUGGAGCCGGCGAGCUGCAUCUGGAGAUCUGCCUGAAGGAUCUGGAGGAGGACCAUGCCUGCAUUCCACUGAAGAAAUCAGACCCGGUGGUUUCCUACAGGGAGACUGUGUCCGAGGAGUCUGACCAGAUGUGCCUAUCCAAGUCCCCAAACAAACACAACCGCCUGUACAUGAAGGCCCGUCCCUUCCCUGACGGCCUGGCUGAGGACAUCGAGAAGGGCGACGUCAGCGCCAGACAGGAGCUGAAGAUCCGUGCCCGUUUCCUGGCCGACAAGUACGAGUGGGAUGUGUCUGAGGCCCGUAAGAUCUGGUGCUUCGGCCCUGAUGGUACCGGCCCCAACCUGCUGAUGGACGUGACCAAGGGAGUCCAGUACCUGAACGAGAUCAAGGACAGCGUGGUGGCCGGCUUCCAGUGGGCCGUCAAGGAGGGUGCCCUGUGUGAAGAAAACAUGCGUGCUGUCCGCUUUGACGUCCACGACGUGACCCUACACACAGAUGCUAUCCACCGUGGUGGUGGUCAGAUCAUUCCCACAGCCCGCCGAGUGCUGUAUGCCUGCCAGCUUACAGCCCAGCCAAGACUCAUGGAGCCUGUCUACCUGGUGGAGAUUCAGUGUCCUGAGCAGGUGGUAGGAGGCAUCUACGGUGUGUUGAACCGGAAGCGCGGUCACGUGUUCGAGGAGUCCCAGGUCAUGGGGACCCCCAUGUUCAUCGUCAAGGCUUACCUACCUGUCAAUGAGUCUUUCGGUUUCACAGCUGACCUGCGUUCCAACACUGGUGGCCAGGCCUUCCCCCAGUGUGUGUUUGACCACUGGCAGAUCCUCCAGGGAGAUCCCCAGGACUCUACCACCAAAAUCUCUCAGAUUGUGGCUGACACCCGUAAACGUAAGGGGCUCAAGGAGGGCAUUCCUGCAUUGGACAACUACCUGGACAAAUUGUAAAAGGCUACUCUCUCAUUCCCCUGCCUCCCCCCCUCCAAUACUGAGGGACAGGACUGUACAGAUCACCAUGAGCACUAACAUUUGCCAAAAGAAAAGUCAAGACUUUAUGAAUUGUAAACCAUAAAAUAAAUAAAAAAUGGAAAAUAAAAA